UGGGAGGACGAGUCUUGAUGUCCUCCUCCAUUUCUUAACGUGCAUAACUAAUGAGGCUUAUUCCCAGGAUAAAUAAAGCAGGACUAAAGUAUGCCGUCAGAUUUGCACCAGCUAGCCUGCCGAGCACGCUCCAUGGUGUCAAAAUAAAGGGAUUAAGCCGUUAUUUUCUUUGUUCGUUCUAAUUGACAAUCACAAGAUGCUGGAGAUGCUUGAAUACAGCCACUAUCAGGUGCAGUCCCACCUGGAAAGUCCGACCAAGUACCAUAUCCAGCCGGCUCAGAGGCAGCAGGUGAGGCAGUAUCUAUCCACCGGUCUGGGUGGGAAAGCUGGCAGCCAGUGUCCCAGCCAGCCCCCCGAACACAGCAUGCCACCCGGGACCGCCGGCAGCGCACCCAACAGUCCCAUGGCCCUGCUCACCAUCGGCACCAACUGUGAAAAAGAAAUGGAUGACGUCAUUGACGAUAUUAUUAGCUUGGAGUCCAGUUACAACGAAGAUGUUCUUGGACUGAUGGACCCAGCUUUUCAAAUCAACAACCCGCUCCCUGUGUCUGGUAAUUUACUGGAUGUGUACAACAACCAGGGGCUUCCUCUCCCUGGCAUCCCCAUCAGCAACUCGUGUGGACCAAACAUCAAAAGGGAAUUCACAGCUCCUGGCAUGAAGCAAGUACUGGACAAGCCGGGAUCCUGUGGCCAGUUUGAAAGCUAUCAAAGGCCAGACGGCUUUCCAGUAGAGGCCGAAGUCCGUGCUCUUGCUAAAGAGAGACAAAAAAAAGACAAUCACAACCUGAUCGAACGAAGACGGAGGUUCAACAUCAAUGAUCGCAUAAAAGAGCUGGGAACCUUAAUACCCAAGUCAAAUGAUCCAGACAUGCGAUGGAAUAAGGGCACCAUUCUGAAAGCCUCCGUGGACUACAUCAGGAAGCUGCAGCGGGAGCAGGAGAGAGCCAAGGAGCUCGAGUGCAGACAGAGGAAGCUGGAGCACGCCAACCGCCAUCUGAUGCUGCGUAUACAGGAGUUGGAGAUCCAGGCCCGGGCUCAUGGUAUCACAGUCGUAGCAUCCCCAUCAGUCUGCACCUCAGAGCUAAUGGCUCGAGCCAUCAAACAGGAGCCCAUUCUCGGGGACUGUCCGUCUGAGCUCUACCAGCACAGCUGCACCCCUGACAUGUCUCCUCCAACCACGCUGGACCUCAACAACGGCACCAUCACCUUCGACCAUAUCCCUGCAAACGCUGGGGACUCCAACCCCUAUGGAAACUCCAGGACCUGUAAAAUGAAAGAGCUGGUCAGGGACAACAGCCUGGGGCCAAUUUCACCCAGCGACCCCCUGCUGUCCUCAAUGUCCCCAGACGUUUCCAACAAUGUCAGCAGCCGCCACAGUUCCAGCUCUAGCAUGGACGAGAAAGAUCAUGGAUGUUAGCCUCACGCCACGAGGGGUCUAGUAGACAAAGGAACUCUGUAGUCAAUUUUAUGUUAAAGGAAUUUUUAAUAUGAAACUUUUUUCAUGUAUUGCUGUUAAUUAUUCCCAUGAGCCAAUGCUCUUGAGAUCUUUUCUUUACGUGUUAUUUACAACUUUCUUCUUAUUCUUUUUUCCGUUUCAGGGUUCUCCACAGGAAGUCAUCUAUCUCUGUUUAACCCUAUCUUCUGCAUCUUCUUCUCUCACACCAACUACUUUCAUGUCCUCUUUCACUUCAACCCUAAAUCUCCUAUUUGGUCUUCCUGUAGGCCUCCUGCCUGGCAGUUCCAACCUCAGCAUCCUUCUACCAAUGUACUCCAUAUCCGUCUGGCAUCUCUGGCUUUAUCUCCAAAACAUCUAACAUGAGCCGUCCCUCUAAAGCAAUCAUUGCUGAUCCAAUUUGUCUUCGUCACUUCCAAAGAAAACCUCAAGUUCUUCAUUUCUGCUACCUCUGGUUCUGCUUCCUGUCUCUUUCCCAGUACCACUAUCUCUAAACCAUACAACAUGGCUAGUCUCACCACUGUCUUGUACACCUUUCCUUUCAUUUUCACUGAUACUCUU